UCUCUCUCUCUGUUUACACAGUUAACUUUCUUUCUUCCCAAGCAGGGUUCACAAGACUGUAACUGCUUCUCUUCUCCUUCUUUCCCAGAAAUUCAGAUCAAAUCUUUGUUUUUCGACCAGAACUAAGCAAACCAACGAGCAGCUGUAGCUUUCUUGAGGUUUGGUGAUUCUGUAGAAGUCCUUGGAGAUAGUGGAAAACCUGGUGGAAUGGAAGAAAGUGACCGUGUUGCAAGAAGAUGGGAGGACCUAGACAUUGAUAUCUUGGUGAAGAUCUUCCAGUCUUUUGACAUCUAUCAGUUAACUUCAGGCAUUGCUCAAGUCUGCAGUUCAUGGCGUAUGGCUUGUUGCGAUCCUUUGCUUUGGAGAACACUGGAUUUGUCAACGAUGAAGUCAAAUUUUAUCAAAAUUCCAUUGGAGCCUUACGUAUACGUGGAUGCUCGUUCCGACAAGGCAUUGACCCAUUUGUUGAAGACAUCUUUGAGUCUCAGCCAGGGAAACAUAAUGACCUUGAUUUUUCACUUUAAUCUAUAUGUGAGUGAUGAUCAGCUGACCUAUACUGCUGAAAGGUGUCCACGGCUCCGACGACUUGUCAUGCCGGCUUGGAACAGAAUAAAGAAAACGGGAAUAUGCAAAGCUGUUCGCGUCUGGAAGGAUCUUGAAUCCCUAACAAUGCCCAGCAUAGCAAACCCUCCCUAUCUCUUGGAAGAAAUUGCCAAUAACUGCAAGAAUUUUAUUGAACUCAAGGUGAUGGGACCUUUCGACAACUUUUUUGCUGCCACGAUAAUAACGUAUCUACCAAAUAUAAGGGUUUUGAGCCUCCGCUGCUCAAUGCUUGUGAAGGAUACUUUGAUCUCCAUAUUGGAUGAGUUGCGAAACCUAGAAGUGCUCAACAUAUCCCAUUGCCUUCUCAUCGAAAUACCACCUCCUCCUGCUCCAAGACGAAUUAUGAGGGAGCUAGAUCAGUCUAUUCUUGAUAAGGCAUCUCGGUUACGCGAAUUCCUAACGUGCAUGAAAGAUUCAUGCAUCAUGUGUCAGCGGACUCGAAGUGACGAAGGGCUAAUGAGGUGGUAUAAGUACGAAGAAGGGUUAUGGAAAGCUGAUGAGGUGAGCUCACUUUGCCUUUGAUUUGAGCCCUUGGAGUUUGUACUUACGAGGGUGAGAUACGUACAACUUGAUAAGCUCAUUCUUGUACUUGUGAUGGAUAGUGUCCUAUAUCACCACUCUUAUGUGGUUGGGUUGGAACCUUAGCUAGCUUCCUUUGGUUUGGUUAAAUGUAUUCCUUUUGUGCUGUAAACAAAUAAGAGGUUGUUGAAUGCAUAUGCUUGAAAAGUGUCUUUUAUCGAA